AUGACCACAACGCACCCGACGACACCACUCCAACAACGACCCAGUCCCCCAUCCCGCAAUUCCUACCCCCUACUUUACCGCAACCCCCUCUAUAUCUGGACCCUCUGGGCCCUCACCUUCGCCGCGAUAACCACCAUCGGCGCCAUCGCCCUCCUCCAAGAAAACCUCUCCGAAAACGCCAAAGCCGUCCUCGCCGCCCUGUUCCUCCCGCUCUCCGGCGGAGGGAUCUUGCUUUCGUGGCGUUUGAUCGUCCUCGAGCGUCGUCGUCUCGGAGGCAGGGAUCCGGCUGGAUCGAUGCCUCGAGAGGAUGGGCAUAUUGCGCAGCGAGCGGAGGUCGAAUUGCAGAGGAUGCCUGGUGCUGUGAUCCGUUAG